GUUUAAGAACCAGCAUGUCUCAUUGUUCUGUGGUGGCAAUGCCAGCUGCCACCGCUCCGAUGCCCCUUUCCGCCUCGCAUACACAGGCACAGUUGACACUUCUCCAUCCCGAUCACUAUGGCUUGGUGUUCCGAGCUUUCGGGGCAUUGGCUCCGGCCUGGUUGGACGUGGUCUUGCCCGUCUUUCCAGCAUUUCCAGCCGGGACUGUUGGCGCCUUUGCAGCUGGAGUCGUUGUAGUCCUGGCCGUGGGUGCGGCCGGAGUUGCCGUCGCAGGCUUCGCGGUCGAAGCAAGCGGCAAAGACUUCAGAUCGAGGGCCACGCAUGGCUCGCCACUGUGGAACACCCGGGUUUCCGCCAUUGCCACUUGAUGUUUCGACGCCUGCUCCUUCAGCUUGGUCCAUUGUGCUAUGGUCACAAACGCCGCAGCGACCUUCUCGCUGUCAUUGCUGGGCUUUGUCUGGAAGCGGCCGGCAAGCCUUUCAACAAUGACGCUCUUGGGGGCCGGCUGGGUGAUGAUCUUCGAUAUGAUGCCUGGCAUUUUGGCGUCGCGGGGGUCGUACACAAUCGGACACGUUGCCUCGUCCUUCCGCGGGCCCAGUUGCGCGGCCUUUUGGAAGGCAGUCAUCAUGGCGACUGAGGGUUGAACCGUGACCGGCUUUGUCGCUGGCUGCGUCUUCAGCGGCUUCUGAGCCGGCGGCGGUGCUUUCGGGUUUCGUUUGUCCAUGGCUGCAGACUAGACUAGUUGGGGCUGAGACGGACUCUUGACAGGGCGUCGAGACGAGGGAGAAUUGGGCAGUGAAGCAGGUGUCAGUGUGUGUUAACCCGGCGUUGAUUUGAGUUGCGAGCUCCUAGUGCACAAGGUCGUGGCUGGGCACACCCUUUUAUCUCUCUU